AUGUGGAGAUGUGACCGACUUGGUAGUAGGCAGGAGAGAGUCGACAAUCGUAUUAAUCGCAUGCCUAGUGUUUUCAACAGAAGGGAAAACACGAGGAUAAUCACCGACAAGGCAUCCGACGACUUUUGUUCCGUUCAUCCCUUCUUUGUUUUGCAACUCGCCGUUCUGUUUAUUAUUGUCGGACACUACGAAACCAUUAUCGGAGAAGAAUGUCCCAAGCUCCGUGAAUUCAUUAAUUUGAUCACCUCUCCAAUCCACCUUGCACCUCUUUCUCAACUCACUCAAAUUUGUGUUCAGGAUGGAAAACACGCUGAGAAAAAUUUUAGCAGUCAUUUUACUCUCCUCCGUUGGAUUAUUCGAAAAAUGCUCCUGCCACGUAAUCGGCUUAGACCCCUCAUACCUAUUCACGUACCCCCUCUGCAGCUGCUCGACGAAGCGCACCAGGCUCUUGGGGAAAGCGUCGAGCACGGGGUACGCGGGAUUGGCGAAGUUUGUGGAGUGGAGUGCUUGGACGGAUGUCUUGAGUUCCGCGAGCAUUCCGGGGACCUGGUGGGUGAAGUGUUUUUGCUCGGACAGGUGGGAGAGGAGGGUGGUCAGAGCGGAGUGGAUGGACUGGAGUUGGGGGGAGUAUUGGGAGUUGGGGAGAUGUUUGGGGAGGUCGAAAAGAGUGAAAUUGAAAAUAGGCUCCAAAUAGGCUCUAAAAAUGGAUGCGCGAUUUUCAAAUUUAUGUUUCGUUGCCAUGUCUUGCAGCCUCUCAUGAUUUUCUUUCAGAGUCUUGAGGAGGCCUUUGAGGCCGGUGUUCAAAUCGUCGUCGAUUAUCGUUUUCACUUUGGGAAUUUUGGUGUCAACCAACGAUAUCAAGGCAGUCAGGUGGGAUUUGUGUCCUUCGGCAAAAAGCUUCUGGACUUCAUCAGUCACCCUUUUGAAGGCGUAUUCGGUGGUUUCGAGAAGCGUUUUGUUGAGUUGUUGUACGGUGAGCUUGAUAUCCUCUUCAGCCUUAACCGCAGCGCUAUAGACAGAAUCAAUGGUCUUGGUCAACGCAUCGUCUGCAGAAGUGAGAUUUAA